AUGAGGAGGACCCGCGACGAGGUGGACGCGACGCUGCAGAUCGCCAAGCUGAACCCCGCGGAGCUGCUGCCCGCCGUGCAGUGCCUGGGCUUCGGCCCGGGGGCCAGCGCGGCCGCCGCCGGCGACUUCUGCCUCCUGGAGCUGGAGCCCGCGCUGUGCCAGCAGCUGGAGGCGGGGUGCAGUAUGGUGAUUCGUGGUGAUAAAGAUGAACAGGCUGUCCUGUGCAGUAAAGACAAAACCUAUGACUUGAAGAUAGCAGAUACUUCCAAUAUGCUGCUUUUAAUUCCUGGUUGUAAAACUCCGGACCAGCUAAAGAUGGAAGAAACCCACUGUAACAUUAUCCACACUGAGAUCUUUGGUUUUUCUAAUAAUUAUUGGGAACUAAGAAGAUGUAGACCUAAAUUAAAGAAGCUAAAGAGACUUUUAAUGGCAAAUACCUAUGAAGGACCUGACAGUCAAAAAGAAAAGGAUUCCAAUUGCUCAAAAUAUACAACUGAAGAUUUGCUUGAUCAGAUUCAGGCAAGUGAGGAAGAAAUAAUGGCCCAAUUACAAGUUCUAAAUGCCUGUGAGAUUGGAGGUUAUUGGAGGAUUCUUGAAUUUGAUUAUGAGAUGAAACUUCUGAAUCAUGUAACUCAGCUUGUGGAUUCUGAAUCAUGGUCUUUUACUAAAGUUCCUUUGAAUAUAUGCCUUCAGGAACUUGGACCAUUAGAGCCAGAAGAAAUGAUUGAACACUGUCUUAAGUGUUAUGGAAGAAGAUAUACAGAGGAAGGUGAAAUUUAUUUUGAAUUGAGCGCUGAUAAAAUCUGCAGAGCAACAGCACAAAUGCUACUUCAGAAUGCAGUGAAGUUCAACCUCGCCGAGUUUCAGGAAGUGUGGCAGCAGAGUGUCCCUGAAGGAAUGAUAACCAGGCUUGAGCAGCUUAAGGGUUUGGCCUUGGUGGAUAGACAGUCAAGACCAGAAAUCAUAUUUUUGCUAAAAGUAGAUGAUUUACCUGAGGAUAAUCAGGAACGUUUUAAUAGUCUAUUCUCUCUAAGGGAGAAAUGGACAGAAGAAGAUAUUGCUCCAUAUAUUCAAGAUUUGUGUGGAGAGAAGCAAACCAUAGGUGCAUUACUCACUAAAUAUUCUCGAUCUUCGAUGCAAAAUGGUGUUAAAGUUUAUAACUCAAGAAGACCCAUUUCUUAAAAGAA